UUAACUGUAAAACGCUUCAAUAAGCCGUAUUCCUGGAAUUACGAAACCAUGUUUUUAUGCCAUAAGUUGUCUACAAUUACGCCCUCUUAAGAUAUUUUAAUUCUUGCUUCAGUCCGUGCAGAUAAUAAUAUAUUCGCUGGGUAAUACUCGCACGGCCGCACCCGUCCGCCGUUCAGUAAUGAUAAAAUUAUUGGAAAUGGUGAUUUGUCUUGUUCGUCAUCACUAUUAUCUAUAUAAGUUGAUAAGUUGAUAAGAAAAUUAUGUAAUUUUACUUUUCGUCUUUUGAUUCUACAUAUUCUACAAUUUAUUUUUGUAGUUAUAGUUAUUAGUUCUGCAAGACUACAAGUUGCAUUGUGCAUUUGAAUUUUAAAUAUUCAAUAUUUUGAUACUGGCUUUCACUUUUCAUCGACUAUCGGCAUUCGAGAAUUUAGAUAGAGUUACUGUAUCUUAAUAAUAAUAAUUAAUAAUUACCAAAAACUAAAUAUUAAAAAAUUAUUAUUAUACACCUAGGUGUUAUAUUUUGGUAACCAAACACGUAAUUUUAAAAUUAAAAUAACAGACCGGGUCUGAUUAGUGUUUAAAACUUAUGUCCAUCAAUUGAAACAUGUCAAAAUCAGUUGAUAAGAAAACACCGUGCCAAAAUUCAAUUUUGGAUACUUUAAAAAAAGCUACCACAAGAAAUUCGGAUUGGCCCGACAAAGAUGAAUUUCUUGAUGUCAUUUAUUGGGCAAGGCAAAUUCUCGGACUCAUUGCUGGUCUAUUAUGGGGUCUCUUACCACUAAAAGGACUAUUUGGAUUAGGAUUAUUUUUAGUGCUAAAUGCUGUUUCAUUAUAUGCAUAUUUUACCAAUUUCCAACAAAUUGAUGAAGAAGAAUUCGGUGGAGCUUGGGAAUUAACAAAAGAAGGAUUUGUUACUUCAUUAGCAGGAUUUUUGGUGAUGUGGAUAAUUGUGUAUUCUGGAAUGCAUUUUGAUUAGGUACAAAAAUAUUUCAGUAAAAAGUUUUGUAUAAUUGUUUUUAUUGCAAUGAAUUAAAUUAUAACUUUCUGUACAAAAUGUGUUUUCUACCUAAAUAUUUUUGAAUUAUAAUAAAUACAUGAAGACUA